GAAAUUCCACAAUUCUCAUUGUUCUCAGUGGUGUGAUAAUGAUCAUAAAUUUCAGUUCUGCAAAGGGCUUGAUCACUUUCCAGAUGAGCUUGUGUACCUUCACUGGCAGGGCUAUCCAUACGGUUGCCUGCCAUUAGAUUUCAAUCCAGAGGAACUUGUCGAUCUUAAUCUGCGUUAUAGCCACAUCAAACAACUGUGGGAAGAUGAGAAGAAUACAGAAAUUUAAGAUGGGUCGACCUCAGUUGGUCAAAAGACUUGCUGAAUUUAUCAGGUUUGUCCAGGGCCAAAAAUCUUGAAAGAUUGGAUCUCGAAGGCUGUACGAGUUUGGUUCUAUUGGGACCAUCAAUUGAACAGAUGAACAAACUUAUUUACCUGAACCUUCGAGAGUGCACAAGCCUUAAAAGUCUCCCAGAAGGAAUCAAUCUAAAAUCUCUCAAGACUCUGAUCCUCAGUGGCUGUUCAAACCUUCAGGAGUUUCAUAUUAUAUCAGAAAACAUUGAAUCACUUUAUUUGGAAGGCUCAGCAAUUGAACAAAUUGUUGAACACAUCGGGAGUCUUUGCAACCUUAUUUUGCUGAAUCUCAAGAAUUGUCGCAGGUUGAAGUAUCUUCCCAACGAUCUUUACAAGCUGAAAUCUCUUCAAGAACUGAUUCUCUCUGGUUGUUCAGCGUUGGAGAGUCUUCCACCCAUCAAAGAGGAGAUGGAAUGCUUAGAGAUUUUGCUUAUGGAUGGAACAACCAUCAAACAGACACCUGAAAAGAUUUGUUUGAGUAAACUCAAGAUGUUUUCGUUCUGUGGAUCUAGCAUCAAAGGUACCACUGGGUUGAUAUUGUUGCCUUUCUCAGGCAGCUCCUUUUUAUCGGACCUCUAUCUCACGAAUAGCUAUAUCGACAAAUUGCCAGAUAACUUUAGCUCCUUUCACUUGUUACGGUGUCUAUGCUUAAGCAGAAACAAUAUUGAGACUCUACCUGAAAGCAUUGAGAAACUUCAUUGCCUGUGGUUGCUUGACCUGAAACAUUGCUGCAAGCUCAAUUCUCUUCCAGUGCUUCCAUCUAGUCUACAGUAUGUAGAUGCUAACGGGUGUGUUUCUCUGGAAAAAAUCGCAAAACCAGUGACACUUCCCCUAGUAACUGAUAGGAUGCAUACUACUUUCAUUUUCACGGAUUGCUUCAAGCUGAACCGAUCUGAGCAGGAAGCUAUUGUUGCGCAGGCCCAACUCAAGAGUCAACUACUGGCAAGGACAUCUCUUCAACAUAAUCAUAAGGGACUAGUUCUAGAGCCUCUGGUUGCUGUUUGUUUUCCAGGAAAUGACAUACCCUCAUGGUUCUGCUAUCAGAGAAUGGGAUCUUCAAUAGAAACCGACCUGCUUCCACACUGGUGUAACAGUAAAUUUAUUGGAGCUUCCCUAUCUGUUGUUGUCUCCUUCAAGGAUAAUGAAGGUCAUCAUGCCAACCGUUUAUCUGUAAGAUGCAAGUGCGAGUUCAAAAAUCAAAACGGUCAGUCUAUCAGCUUUAGUUUCUGUCUUGGGGGAUGGAACGAGUCAUGUGGAUCAUCUUGCCAUGAAUCACGGAAACUUAGAUCUGACCAUGUGUUUAUCAGUUAUAACAACUGUAGUGUGCCAAUCUUGGAAUGGAGGGAAAAGAGUAAUGACAGUAAUAGAUGUCAUCCCACUAGUGCCUCAUUUGAGUUCUACCUUACAGAUGAAACUGAAAGGAAACUAGAAUGCUGCAAGGUGAUAAGGUGUGGUAUGAGUUUGUUAUAUGCUCCAGAUGAAAAUGAUCGUGGUUUCCAGGGAAUACGGGUUACAGACACUGUUGAGCGUACAUUUAGCGAGGCUCUUGUGACCAUUCGAGGUCAGUCCCACUCACGGAUUGAAGAAAGAAGAAAUGGCAAGAUAAGAGAUGAAAUCCUGGAUAUGAGUAUUUCCUCUAUAAUAGGAGGUCCCAGGUCUUGAAAAGAAAAUAAAAGGAACUUAAUGAUGACAUGUUGCAUUGUGUGUCAACGGGACUUCUAUCAACUUACCUGGUUGCAGCUUGACUUUGAGCUUAUCCUUGGAUGUGACUGGUUCGUUAAAAUUCGAAGCUGUGAUUGAUCAAGUCAUCACUAGACAACCAGUCCUUGCAUGGCUGCAUUGAACGGUAUUAUAUAGAACGGUGGACGAUCCAUCAACGGAUUCAAUAAUCUCUUGGUUCCCAGAUGGCAAGAGUUUCAUCGUUUGGAACGUGGAAGAGUUUUGCAGAGUUGUUAUCCCCAUGUUUGGGCUAACCGAGUUUCAAUUCUUUGCUUCCCGGCUAAAGACCUGUGGGUUUAGAAAAGUUGAUGAGUCUGAACAAAAAUGGGAAUACGCAAACGAUGAUUUUGUGAGAGGUAAACCUGAGCUUACGGUGGAGAUUGGAAAGUUUUGUCACAGGAAAACGUGUUACGUUUAAAGGAUUUCCACCAGAAGCUGCUUCCCCGGAAAUGAGGAUAGGUUUAGGGCUACUAUGGACAAGGAUAAAGCUUUAGCAAAGGGUCUAUCAAAACUCACUUUAAGGGACAGACUUAUAAAGGUCGAAUGAUUUCGUCGUUCUACAAAAUGUCCAAUACCAACCAUAUCGGAAUGUAGAUUGUACAAGGGAAUGUAGAAAUAAAGGAACAGAGGUGGGAAUGUUGUUGAUGUUGCUGCAAAGUGCAUGGUAUUGACUUUGUCAUGAUGAGGGGCAAUUGUUCUAGUGAAAAAGUAUUUAUUUGUGAUGAAUUAAAUAUCUAACUUUUAUUAAUUUUACAAAUAAUUAUGAAUUUUCAUUAAUUUUACUAAAUAAA